AUGGACGGACAUGUGCAGGACAACUUCAUGGAUAAGAUGAACGUUGCUGAAAGAAUGUCGACUUUGGUAGCUCUAGGAAAGCCUCAAAAGGUCAGCAAUACUGUCCCAAUCGUGAGGUACUACAGAAGUAUGAUAGAGGCGCAUCGUAUGGCUUUGUCUUACAUGAAAAACCAGGACCUUGAGAGGGCCCUCAUCCUACUGAUACGAUUUUGCAGCUUCACCAUAGAAGAGCUACCAAAGCAUCCUGAAUUCAACACUUUUGGAGGGCAAGAGAAGAAGACUGUGUUUGCAUUGCUGAAGCCGGCUCUUGAACGUGCCGAAAACCUGAAAAAGGUGUUGAAAGCAAGAUUUGAAGCGGAAGCUGAAGAGGCCAGAAAAUACUAUGCCGCUCGUGAGGCCGAACUG